CACAACUUCCACCCGACGAACUGCAGAUACAAUGCACGACCAACCGCCUCGAUAGCACAGUACUUCUAUUCCAAUUUCUCACUGCGGCACCCGCGACCGCCUACCCACCCACAAUGGCCCACCCACCACCGCCCUCCGCACUCUACACUCCAACGUUCUUCCUUGCCCUCCUCACCACCCUCCUGCUUUGCGCUACCCUCCGCGCCCUCUCGAUCCUCCCCUCCCACAGUGCCAAACCUCGACCCCGCGCCCCCGGCACGCGCACGCGCGUCGUCAUCGUCCUCGGCUCCGGCGGCCACACGCAGGAAAUGCUGUACCUGCUGCGCGACCUCGACCCGGGGCGGUACACGCACCGGACGUGGGUGGUCAGCAGCGGGGACGCGUUUAGUGCGGGGCGGGCUGUUGCGUUUGAGUCGGAAAUUGAGCACAGGGUGGGCAAAGGGAUGGGGAGGCAGAAUGUUGGCCCGGGGAGCUACGAUGUCCAGAUUGUGCCGCGCGCCCGCAAGAUCCAUCAGAGCUUGCUGACGACGCCCGCGUCGAGUCUGAGGUGUCUGUGGGCGUGCUUCGGACCCCUCUUGUCGUCGUCGUCUUCUUCUUCCUCUGCCUCCACCAACUCCACCCCCGCAGCAGCGGAUCUGCCCGAGCUCAUCAUCACCAACGGCCCGGCCACGGCGUGCAUACUCGUUCUGGCGGCGCUGCUUCUCAAGUUCUUCGACGUGCGCGGCGCGCAGAGCAGGGGGAAGUGCAGGACUGUAUAUGCGGAGAGUUUUGCGCGGGUCAAGACGCUGAGCUUGAGCGGGAAACUGUUGGUCAGGGUGGUGGAUCGGUUUUUGGUGCAGUGGGAGGAGUUGGAGGGGGCUGGAGGGGGACGGGCGGAGUUUGUGGGGGUGUUGGUGUGA